AUGCCUUCCAAUACAGUAUGGCCGCACUUCAACACUACGCACGAGCGCCCAUCCUCUCCCAACCUCACAAGCCCGGUCAAAAUGGUACUCGUCGACGACACAAAUAUGCAACCUACAGAACAACCGCAUCAGGGGAUGUUUAAUGAACAGGUGGAACCUGAGCAACAUGAUGGAGUGAAUAUUUUUUUGAUGAAGCGGCGUGAGUCGAGUAGAUAUCGUGAUGACGGCAACACAGGCAAACCAGCAGAAGCACUCUUGGGACUGCCAACGGAGAGAGAUUCCAUGUGGGAAGAUGAUAUCCCCUAUUCUGGAAGGAAUUCACGGUGUGAUGAAGCACCGCAAGGAGGCUUUUCUGAACAAGAGACGGCAAGCAUCCCACCAGUUCUCGGCCAAACACACACUAGUUUCUCCCAGCGUCGGGGAUUUCCACGGCAUAAGACUUUUCCUGAAAGUGUCUACAAUACUGCGCCACCUGGUACGGAUCCCACGACGACGGGACCGAGUAGGGAGUCCGAAUUUAGUGUUGCGGGAGAAUAUAGCCCGCGUCCCAUGUCAAGGCCAGUCGGGAAACCAGGGGCUCACUACAGCCUGGCCGACAUGGACCAAUUCGCCUCGCCGCCGGCUACGAAUACCACAUUCGCCAAGGGCAUCAACAGGGGCUGUCGCAGCGUACAAGCGCGACGACGACCUGCAGUUCGAGUGUGCGGAACUCGGCUAGGAGGUCGAAUAAAGGAACGAGACCGCCUUCUGCGGCGAGCCGAAGGGCCAGUUCACGAGCGUCUCAAGAGCGAUAUUAUCCGCCGCCCAGAACCAGCAGAACUUCGAGGGGCAAGCAGAUAA